AGGAGAAGGCUCGCUCUUCCAGAUCGCCACUGCGUGUGUGUGUGUGUGUUUUUUUUUUGCGCAGAAAUAGUGGUGAGCAUCUGCGCGUUCUACAGAGCACAGUGGUUUGAGAGAGCAAGAGAGAGAAGCAGUUUGGAUGUUCGGUCGGUGUUGCUGAGAAUUUCAGCAUCAUGUAAUAAGCAAUAAGCCGGAGCAGGGAGAGAGAGAGAGAGAGAGUUUUCUCCCGGAGCAUGAAUGGCAAGGAUGAAGCAAUGGACAGUUUGAUUCCUGCUGUCUAAUCCAAGCUAAGAAAAGGCAUGCCAGUCAAUUGAAACUGCGCCGGGAAGAAGCUGGUCUGUACGGUCGCGGAUACAGGCGUGUGGUUCAAAACUGCACGGGUUUCUCACUAUGAGCGAAAUCAGACCAGGGAUUUGAAUUGUUUUGUGUGUGAGAGAGUUAGGGGGGAGAAGAGGGUGGAUGUUGCAGGAUUGAUCACUGCAUAGGCUCAUUGAUUGAAGGACUCCCGUGUCAUAAGACAUCUAUCCGCCUUCCGGGGGAACACUCGCCCGCCCGAGAUGAACUGAUUUUGUGGAGGGAGAUCGUCGCAGGGUGACCGGGAUCCGAGGAAUGCCCGCAGCAGGCACGCCGCUGCCGCCGCCGCCGCCGCCUUCACAUCGGGGGGACGCAAGCAGCCUGCAGAACCGUGCGGCCAACCCCGGCAAUUGAACCAACUUUGCGGGGACGGACACAGACAGGCGCGCAAAUUGCGACCCGCAAUACCUCCGCACUUGAAAUUCCUGGGGAUACCGGAGUCAACGGAAUCAAAACAUGAACAUUCAGAUCCCUUUGCUGGCUCUUAUUUAUUUCUAUGUCAGUGAAAGUUUGAAGACUGUGUCCAAAAGAAAUUUGGUUGACGUUUGUAUCGAUUGGUCUGUGGAUCUGAAAAAAUACAUGGUGCUGGCAGGAGAACCAGUACGUAUCAAAUGUGCUCUUUUCUAUGGUUACAUCCGGACGAACUACAGCAUGGCACAGAAUUCUGGACUCAGCCUAAUGUGGUACAAGAAUAACGGGCAAGGAGAUUCAGAAGAACCCAUUAUAUUCUCUGGUCGUAGAAUGAGCAAAGAGGGGGAUUCGAUUUGGUUCCAUUCAGUGGAGAUAAAGGACAAUGGAUUUUACACAUGUGUAUUAAGAAACUCGACGUAUUGUAUGAAGGUGACAAUGUCUUUGAUGGUGGCCAAUAAUGACUCGGGUCUUUGCUACAACAGUAUGAUCCGAAAUUUGGAGAAGGCUGAAAUUACGAAAAAGAAAGAGAUCAUCUGUCCAGACAUUGAAGACUUCAUCACAACCGAUCGAGACAUUGAUAUUGUUUGGUACAAGGAAUGCUUGCCACAAUCAUGGAGGAGUUCUGUCUUGCGGAAGAGAAAAAUCCUCGUGAUACAAGAGGUUCAAGAAGAAGAUUUGGGAAAUUACACCUGUGAACUGAAAUACAAGGACAAGUUGUUGAGAAGAACGAUUGAAUUAAUAGUUACAGCCGUACUUACGGAAAAGCUACCAGAGCUGUUGGACCCUUUCGAAUACCAACAGAACGUUGUAGAUGUCCAGUUGGGUCAUCCAACCAGCCUCGUCUGCAGGGCAUUCUUUGGCUACAGCUCAGUAAGCCCCAUAAUAUACUGGAUGAAAGGUGAUAAGUACAUGGAGGAACUGGAAGACACUCAGGUUAAGGAGGGUGAAAUCAGGGUACUAAGUGAGCAUCUCGGGGAGAAGGAGGUGGAACUUUCGUUGUUAUUUGACUGGGUGAAGGAGACAGACUUGGGAAAUUACACCUGCAUUUUGGAGAAUCGGAUUGGACGCACACAGACCAGCAUUCUUCUCCAGAGAAAAGACCUGAUGUACAGAGUGGAACUUGCAGGCGGCUUGGGUGCUAUCCUGAUCCUGAUCACCUUCCUUGUGACCAUUUACAAAUGCUACAAUAUCGAGAUAAUGCUCUUUUACAGGAGCCACUUUGGAAGUGACGAAGCAGAAGAUGAUAACAAGGAAUAUGAUGCAUAUCUGUCGUACACCAAAAUCGACCCUGACUCACUCACUCAGGAGAACAGGAAAGAAGAGCAAUUUGCAUUGGAAAUACUUCCAGAUGUCCUGGAGAAACACUAUGGGUACAAACUAUUUAUUCCUGACAGGGAUUUAAUGCCAAGUGGAACUUACCUGGAAGACUUGGCGCGGUGCGUCGAUCAGAGUCGGAGGCUGAUUAUAGUGUUGACGGCUGACUACAUCAUACGACGUGGGUGGAGCAUAUUCCAACUGGAAAACAGACUACACAACAUGCUCGUAACUGGUGAACUCAAAGUUAUUUUGAUCGAAUGCCCUAACGUGCAAGGGGUGAUGAACUACCAUGAAAUUGAAGCCUUAAAAGACAACAUCAAACUUUUAUCCAUCAUCAAGUGGUGCGGGCCGAAUUGUAACAAACUGAAUUCCAAGUUUUGGAAGAAGGUCCAGUUUGAGAUGCCCAUUAAGAAGAAGGAGCCAAUGGCACGUGGCCAAGUCUUGGAUUCUGGUGAACAGGGUAUUUUUGGUGAACUUCAAGCUGUCUCCACUGUUUCCAUGGCAGCCAACUCUGCCACGCUUGGACCUUCCCCAACGGAGCUGCAACCCAGCUAUCACAAAGCAGACCAUAUGCAACUCAGGCAUUACUGCCGAACUUACGAGUACGACUUUGCCCCCGCGACAGUGCCCAUUACCUCGAUAAGCAAUCAACAUACCUACUGCAAUAUUCCAAUGUCCCUCAUCAAUGGAGAGGUGCCACAGAUUAUUAUCACCAGAGAUCCCUCCAUCCGGGGUAACCCCAUGGGUAACAAAACCUUGCCAAUGCCUCCACGAGAGAUUGGCAUCACCAGCGACAUCUGGUAAGGGUUAGGCAGAAGGGGACCUCAUUCCCCUCGUCUCUCCACCCACCCUCCCAUCCAGAGGCUCACAGGGAAACAAGAACCUAACGUUAAACUCAUGAGCCGUGAACACCUCCUCAUUCAUGCAAUAUCCUCGAACAAUGUUAUCUUUCAGACAUUGUGUGUGUGUGUGAGCUUGUAUAUUUUAGUUGGGAUUUUAAGAAGGUUGUCAGCCUGUGCUAUAGAUUGGCUUAAACCCUACUGCGCACAGUUGCCAAAUCUGAAUCAGUCAAUGAUAGCAGACAUUGUUUUGAGCGCGUCACUGAUUUUCACAGUCAGUACAAAGCUGAUGUGUCAAUUUUUGGAACUGUCCCCCAUAAAAAGUUGGGGUAUUGAUUGAAACUUUUGAUACUGUGAUGAACAUAUUUUGUUAGCCUAGGUUAUUAAGGGUUACGAUAGGAACCAAAGGAUGUUGAUGGAGCUAACCGUGAUCUAGUAGAAUGUGGGAACAUGUUCGAAGGGCUGAAUGGCCUCUUUCUGUUCCUCUGUUCCUAGCCUCUUGGGCUACAUAUACUUGAGAAACAUUGUUAGAAGUGAGGACACUAGAAAUGUAUAUUUUGGCUUCCAUUUCUACUCUGUCCAGUGCAUGUUUUCACGGAUGUUGACAACAAUGUCACUGGAAGCAAAGUAGGAGACUUGAGCAGCCAUGAAUUCCGACCAGAUUUUAAAAAAAACCCACAGCCAAAUCUUGCAAGUUUAAUGACAACAAAGUGGUUAAAUAUAAUGUACAGGACACUACUGAGUGUGGUACUGUCAGCCUGUUACUGAGGGGCUCUAAUGUUUUGCACAAUGACUUGAUGUGUUCCAUCACUCUUUUAUGUUCCACUUUCCCUUUGCGAUCAAUUUCUUUUGCCACAAAGUGUUUCUCACAGCCUAUCAAUCUCAGCAUUCCGCAUUAAUACCGCUACUAAAACAAAAUACUUCAACCUGAUUUCUUCUUGAGUGGUUGGUGUCAUUAAGAGUGGACUUUAUCCUCCUUGAUGCAAUUUACCUAGCAAUAUUGUUGCACCCUCACCACUUUCCCUGCCCACAUGUCUCCCCCCUACUUUGGACUUUAGAGAUACAACACGGAAACAGGACCUUCAGCCCAUCAAGUCCGUGCCGACCACC